AUGGCGCAGGAUACUGGGCUUUUCAGUGUCCGAAGACCGCGAGAGACUCUGGGGAAUGUCCAGAAUUAUACUUCAAUUCCUCAGCCAUCCUCUGCGCUCAAGCGAACUAGCACUGCCGCAAAUUUACAGAAUCCGCCGUUUACGUCCCAGCAUGCCAGAUCCUCCUCUCUCGUCUCAUCGCUGAGCCGGCCUCAGCAGCCUGUUUUCCAUCGUCAGUCCACGAGCAGCGGAAACUACGGUAUAGACGGCGGCCUAUCGAGCGUUCGACGUUCCGUGUCGCAUAAUGUGCUCCAUAGCGCAAAUGCCGGCCGUCAAAGCUAUGCGCCAAUGUCCAUGGCACCUCCCCCGCCGCCUCAACUACAACGACGAAGCAGCGUCUUAUCGCGUCCAUCAAUGGGCCCCUCUGCUGCUCACCAAUCUUUCUUUGUACAGGGAUCCAUCCCAGCGGGUGUGCCUCGAGAUCCUCGACCCCUGAGGGACAGGAGUUUCCAGGCGCGCAUUAGCCAGGAAUUAUUAGAAUAUUUAACACGCAACAACUUUGAGCUGGAAAUGAAACAUUCUUUAACCCAGAAUACGUUGAAGUCACCGACCCAGAAGGACUUUAACUACAUAUUCCAAUGGCUGUAUAAGAGGAUCGACCCAAGCUAUCGCUUCCAAAAGAACAUCGACACUGAGGUUCCGCCUAUCCUAAAGCAACUGCGCUACCCCUAUGAAAAGAAUAUUACAAAAUCUCAAAUUGCAGCAGUUGGAGGCACCAACUGGUAUACGUUCUUGGGUGUGUUGCACUGGAUGAUGCAAUUGGCUCAAAUGCUAGAUCGAUAUUACCAGGAUCAGUAUGACUAUGCCUGCGCAGAAGCAGGUGUUGACGUGACUAGUGAUCGUAUAAUAUUCCGCUUCCUAUCAGGUGCAUAUCAUGACUGGUUACAAGGUGGCGAGGAUGAGGAUGACGAGGUAGCAGAACAGCGGCUCAUCCCUCACGUUGAAACUAUGGCAGCAGAAUUCGAGAAGGCAAAUGAGAAGUAUGUGCAAGAACUCCAGGCGCUAGAAGAGGAAAAUCGUUUACUCCGAGAUCAACUUGAAGAACUUGAAAAGAAUGCCCCUGAUAUUGCCAAGUUGGAUAAACACUUCAAAAUUUUGGAAGAUGACAAGAAGAAGUUUGAAGACUACAACGAGAAUGUUCAAGGAAAAAUUGAUAAAUACGAAAACCGCAUCAAAUUCUUGGAGGAGGAGCUGGAGAAAAUCGAUCUGGAGCUCCAAACCACUGAAGAUGACCGAAUCAAUCUGCAGUCAAGCGUUGAUAAGCGAGGAAUUACAAUCCAGGAUAUUGAUCGCAUGAGUACAGAGCGAGAUAGGCUCCAGAGAAGUGUGGAGGAUACAUUGGUGAGGCUCGAUGAGACUCAUGCAAAAGUUAUGGAGAAGGAAUCAGAAGCCAACAUGAAGCUUGAAGAAUUGGAGCAGGUUACCAAAUCAUACAACUCCCUCGCCUACCAAGCGGGCCUUAUUCCUUCUACCACUGCUAAUGCCAAAGGGGUGGAGUUUGAACUUUUCCUUAAUAUCAAUGAUCAACUUGGGAUGUCUCAAAGCCACGCUGUCUCUGAAGGUGACCGAUUACUUGCUGAUGCGAAUACGGGAUACCACCCAACAAAUCUUAUCAACCUAGAUCUUCGUGGCGUGGUUCGAAAUCAUCUUAUUUCCCUUCGCAAAGAAAUCAAUGAACGAAGAAAGAUUGCACUAGACGAAGAUAUGAACAGAAGAGACCUCCUUGAAAAUAUUAAAGAGGCUAUGGACGAGAAAAAGAGCGAGGUGGAGGCCCUAGAACAUCGACGUCGUGCUGCAGAAGAGGAAUUUGAGAGGACAAAGGAAAUAACAUCAACCCAGAAGCUAGCGUCUGACGCUCAAAUUGAAAAGAUGGAAAAGGAGCUCGCGAAAAUGCGUGCAAGUCUAAGUGAAAGUGUUCAAUUGAUGGAACAGAGGGAAAUGAAUACCAACAUUGAGCAUGAACAGCUUGUUUUGCGAGCAAAUGCACUUCGCGAGGAGCUUCAUACUGGAAUUGAAAGCAUGUUGAACGAUGUUAUCAAGUUUAAAGUCCAUGUGCAGAAGGGGCUGGAAGAUUAUGAAAGCUUCGUUGCAGACGAGGUUGAACAAGAACUAGGUGCAGAAGAUCUCGGCGGGGAAGGCCAGGAAGAUGCUCCCCCAGGAUGA